AUUUUGGGGAUCGGAAGAAGCUGUUGUUAAUUUCUAAGCCAAUUAUUUUUGGGGAAAUUUCCAAUUGAGGGUUUAAUUUGAUCAUCAAACUAUGGCAACAACUAAGGUCUACGUAGUGUAUUACUCACUUUAUGGCCAUGUGGAGACUAUGGCACGAGAAAUACAACGGGGAGUCAAUUCAGUUAAGGGCGUCGAAGCAACACUUUGGCAGGUUCCGGAGACGCUUCCUGAGAAGAUAUUGGAGAAGAUGAAGGCUCCUAAAAAGCCUGAUGAUGUGCCUGAGAUCACACCUGAGCAGCUCUUGGAAGCUGAUGGUUUCAUCUUUGGUUUCCCUUCUCGUUUUGGUGUGAUGGCUGCCCAAUUCAAAGCCUUUUUUGAUGCCUCCGAUGAGAUAUGGGCAACUCAAGCGUUAGCUGGUAAACCUGCUGGAAUCUUUUGGAGUACUGGUUUUCAUGGAGGUGGCCAAGAGCUUAGUGCACUAACAGCUGUAACUCAAUUGGCACAUCAUGGCAUGAUAUUUGUUCCUCUUGGAUAUACUUUUGGUAAAGGAAUGUUUGAGAUGGAUGAGGUGAAAGGUGGAUCUUCCUAUGGAGCUGGAACUUAUGCUGCAGACGGUUCUCGUCAGCCCACAGAACUGGAACUUCAACAAGCCUUCCAUCAGGGUAAAUAUACUGCUGAAAUUACAAAGAAACUCAAGUAAUUGAUCACAGAACAAAAGAGCAAAAAGAGAAAGUUAAAAUACAAUCAAGACAUAUUAGCAAUCUAUCACUGAAAUGGGAAGUCCAGAAAAGUAAACUCUGUCUACAAAUGUACAUCAAUUGUAUAAGCCUUUUUACUCUGUAAA